AUUAAUAGUCUACGUUUAUCGUUUUACGGUUACUUUUGUUCAAAUUUAUAUUAAAUGAUUUUCAUGUAUUAUACUUUUCAUUGUAUCAAUACACUUUUAUUUAAUAAACAAUUUACUAUAAUCAGUAUAAUAUAUUCUAUAGAACUUUGCACUUAUACGCACGCAAAACCAAUAUUUAUGAUCUACAUAUAUGCUAUUGACAGAAUUAAUUUAUAACGAGUCACGAUUGAACGUACAUAUACGUUUUCCAUUAUGUUGUUAAAAUAUCUAUAACUAAAAUGGUAAUUAUCAUUUUCCUGUAAUAUAUUUACUAUGUAAAUAUAUAAAAAGAAAAGGUAUUAGUUAAUGAAAUAUAGAAAAUAUGGAAGAUAAAACGCAAAAGUUAUCACACUGGUAUUUUGGCGGACUUGCUUCUGCAGGUGCUGCUUGUGUAACCCAUCCCUUAGACUUGUUGAAGGUUCAUUUACAAACGCAACAAGAAGGUAAAAUAUCUAUAGUACGAUUAACAACUUCUAUAGUACAAAAUCAAGGAAUCUUAGCUUUAUAUAACGGUCUUAGUGCUUCAUUACUUCGCCAACUUACGUACUCUACAACAAGAUUUGGAGCAUAUGAAGUGGGUAAACAAACUUUUGAGACACCUGGACAUCCAUUAUUAUUUUAUGAAAAAUUAUUACUAGCGGGAUUAUCUGGUGCAGUUGGCGGAGUUCUUGGAACACCAGCAGAUAUGAUUAAUGUACGCAUGCAGAAUGAUAUAAAACUUUCACCUGAGCUUAGAAGAAAUUAUAAGCAUGCUUUGGAUGGAAUAGUAUGUGUAGUUCGACAAGAAGGUGUAGGUCAGUUAUUUAGUGGAUGUUCUACAGCAACAUUAAGAGCAGCAUUAAUGACUAUUGGACAACUAAGCUUUUAUGAUCAAGUUAAAAUUACAUUGAUAGAAAGUGGUUAUUUUCAAGAUAAUCCUGUAACUCAUGUAAUAUCAAGUGUAGCUGCAGGUGCGGUAGCUACAACUCUUACACAACCAUUAGAUGUUUUAAAGACACGAGCAAUGAAUGCUAAACCUGGAGAAUUUAAGAGCUUAAUGGAUCUAUUUUUAUAUACUGCUAAACUUGGGCCAUUAGCUUUCUUUAAGGGAUAUGUACCUGCAUUUAUCAGAUUGGCUCCACAUACCAUUCUUACUUUUGUCUUUCUGGAACAAUUGAGAGCUAAUUUUGGAUUCUAUCCUACUACUGUAAAAUGAUCAUAAACAUCUGGUGAUUAGGUGAUGUAUUUAUGUAGGAAUUGUACAAAACAAAUAAUUAGCACAAAUAUGAUGAAAAUAAGUCACGGAACGUUUGUCCUAAUAUUGCUAACAGCUAUAAUUUGAAUUAUAGCUGUUUUAUACUUUGUGAGUUAACUUAUCAAGCUCAAUGAUCCAUCCAAAUAUUUAUAAAUAAUACUUCAUGAUAAUUUCCGAAUUAUCAUUAGUCCAAUUUGUUUAUAAUAAUAUACAUAAAUAUGCAAAAAGCUUGUUACAAUAGUUUUAAAGUAAAUAACACUCAUAGAAAAAUAUUAAAUAACUAAAUUCAGAUAGGACAAACGUUACUUUUUAGGUUGAAUUUGUUGUUAAAUUUAUGUGUACGUUACGAACUAUCUUGUAUCAAAUUUUUAUAUCUUUACAUUAUCAUUUUUUUAAAUUUUACCAUAAUCAUAUUUGUACAAAUGUUAAAGUAUAUUGAUAUUUGUAACAUUUACAAAUUAUUAUUGUUAUGCUAACGAUACGCAAUUAGCACGCAAAUUAUUUUACAAAGAGAAAACCAAUAUUUUUGUUAUGUUUUGUAUAACUAUAUAAUUAUUAAGAGAUUGAUAUCUCAAAGCAUUAUCGUUUUCUAAGCUGGAUAUAAAAUAGUUUCAUAGUGGUUCAUACAUUCCUAAAAAUAUCAUUAUACUUAUAAUACUAUUGUAUACAGAGUUAUAUUUUUUGACAUACAACAGUAUAUUUUCCUUAUGCAAAACUAUUCGUUUUAUAAGUGUUGACAAAAAGUCCUUAGAACAAAAUAUUUUUUUAAUUUGUUAAAAUGUUAUAGAAAUUCUAUCAAAAUAAAUUUAUCCUGUAGCUAUAAA